CCCCUCAGUCCCGCCACGGCAGAGGACGCGCCUUGGCUCCUGGUCGCACGGGGCGGCCCAGACUCGAGAGGUUUGGAAAAGCCUUUUGGCCCAGAACUCACUAAGAACUAUUCCAAAAUAGAAGGACAUAAAGAAUGCACUCAAACUAGCUUGGCCUGAAAGUAGGAAGUGAGAAGAGAGUUAUAGACCAGUUGCAUUGAGGAAUGAAGAGCUGCUGUGUGUAUUCACCAAUCUAAUUGACUUGCCCAGGGAGGCUGAAACAUCUAUCUCCAGAAAUGUCUUUGAAAAAUAAAGAGCAAGAUGACCAAUACAGUCCUCCAUCUAGGAUCCAUCUGGAGCAUGAAGAGGAAUCACGUAAUGACUUCCAGCAAUUUGAGACCAAUGAUCAAUGCAGACCUUAUCCUAGGAUCCAUUUGGAGCCUCAAGAGAAACCGGAUACUAACUUCAAGCAAUUUGUCAUCAAAAAACUAGAGAAGAGUUGCCAGUGCAGUUCAACCAAAGCCAGAAAUAUCAUUUUUGGCUUCCUUCCUGUUUUGCAGUGGCUCCCAAAAUAUAAUCUGAAGAAAAACAUUUUAGGAGAUGUGAUGUCUGGCUUGAUUGUGGGCAUCUUAUUGGUGCCUCAAUCCAUUGCUUAUUCUCUCCUGGCUGGCCAAGAACCUGUCUAUGGUCUGUACACAUCUUUUUUUGCCAGCUUCAUUUAUUUCCUAUUGGGCACCUCCCGUCACAUUUCUGUGGGCAUUUUUGGAGUACUGUGCCUUAUGAUUGGUGAAGUAGUUGACCGAGAACUAUACAAAGCUGGCUAUGACACUGCCCAUGUUGCUCCUUCUUUAGGAGUGGUUUCGAAUGAGAGCACAUUAUUAAGCCAGACAUCAGGCGAGAUAUGUGACAAAAGCUGCUAUGCAAUUAUAGUUGGCAGCACUGUAACCUUUAUGGCUGGAGUUUAUCAGGUAGCGAUGGGCUUCUUUCAAGUGGGCUUUGUUUCAGUCUACCUCUCAGAUGCCUUGCUGAGUGGAUUUGUCACUGGUGCCUCCUUCACAGUUCUUACAUCUCAGGCCAAGUAUCUCCUUGGACUCAGCCUUCCUCGGAGUAGUGGUGUGGGAUCACUCAUCACUACUUGGAUACAUAUCUUCAGAAACAUCCAUAAGACCAAUAUCUGUGAUCUCAUCACCAGCCUUUUGUGCCUUUUGGUUCUUUUGCCAACCAAAGAACUCAAUGAGCGCUUCAAGUCCAAACUUAAGGCACCUGUUCCUACUGAACUCUUUGUUGUUGUGGCAGCCACAUUAGCCUCUCAUUUUGGAAAACUAAAUGAGAAAUACAAUACCAGUAUUGCUGGACAUAUUCCCACUGGGUUUAUGCCACCCAAAGCACCGGACUGGAACUUAAUUCCUAAUGUGGCUGUAGAUGCAAUAGCUAUUUCUAUCAUUGGGUUCACUAUUACUGUAUCACUUUCUGAGAUGUUUGCCAAGAAACAUGGCUACACAGUCAAAGCUAAUCAGGAAAUGUAUGCCAUCGGCUUUUGCAAUAUCAUUCCUUCCUUCUUCCACUGCUUUGCUAGUAGUGCAGCUCUUGCAAAGACAUUGGUUAAAGAAUCCACAGGCUGUCAAAGUCAGCUUUCUGGUGUGGUGACAGCUCUGGUUCUUUUGUUGGUCCUCUUGGUAAUAGCUCCUUUAUUCUGUUCCCUUCAGAAAAGUGUCCUUGGUGUGAUCACUAUUGUAAAUCUCCGGGGAGCCCUACGUAAAUUUAAGGAUCUGCCGGAGAUGUGGAGGAUUAGCAGAAUGGAUACAGUUAUCUGGUUUGUUACUAUGCUGUCCUCUGCACUGAUAAGUACUGAAAUAGGCCUGCUUGUUGGGGUUUGUUUUUCUAUGUUUUGUGUCAUCCUCCGCACUCAGAAGCCAAAGACUUCAUUGCUUGGUGUGGUGGAAGAGUCUGAAAUCUUUGAAUCCAUGUCUGCCUACAAGAAUCUUCAGGCUAAGUCAGGCAUCAAGAUUUUCCGCUUUGUAGCCCCUCUCUACUACAUAAACAAAGAAUAUUUUAAAUCUUCCUUAUACAAAAAAACUCUCAACCCAGUCUUAGUAAAGGCAGCUCAGAAGAAGGCAGCAAAGAAAAAGAUCAAAAAGGAAACAGCAACUCUCAGUGGAAUACAGGAUGAAGUCUCAGUGCAACUUUCCCAUGAUCCCUUAGAGUUCCAUACCAUAGUGGUUGACUGUAGUGCAAUACAAUUUUUAGAUACAGCAGGGAUCCAUACACUGAAAGAAGUUCGCAGAGAUUAUGAAGCCAUUGGCAUCCAGGUUCUGCUGGCUCAAUGCAAUCCCUCUGUGAGGGAUUCCCUGGCCCGGGGAAAGUAUUGCAAAAAGGAAGAAGAAAACCUUCUCUUUUAUAGUGUAUAUGAAGCAAUGACUUUUGCAGAAGACUCUCAAAAUCAGAAAGAUAUAUAUGUUCCCAAUGGUCUGAGUUUUUCCAGUGACUGA